GCCUCCCCGCCCGCCCUCACUCCCCUGCCGCCUGCGGAGCCGCCGCCGAGCCGCCCUUCUCCCCUCAGCGCCCCAGGGCCGCGGGGAGGCGGCGACGAUGGCCACCGUGGUGGUGGAAGUGGACCCGGAACCCUCCUGCAGCAUCCCCAACCCUACCUCUCCCAGCCUCUCCCACCGCUUCCUGGACAGCAAGUUUUACCUGCUGGUGGUCAUCGGGGAGCUGGUGACCGACGAGCACCUGCGGCGGGCCAUCGCCAACAUCGAGCGAGGAAUCCGAUCAUGGGACACAAACUUGGUUGAAUGCAACUUGGACCAAGAACUGAAACUUUUUGUGUCUCGCCAUUCAGCUCGAUUCUCUCCUGAAGUUCGAGGUCAGAAGAUUCUUCACCACAGAAGUGACAUCUUAGAAACAGUAGUCCUGAUCAAUCCCUCAGAUGAAGCAGUUAGUACUGAGGUCCGCUUGAUGAUCACAGACGCUGCAAGACACAAGCUCCUUGUACUAACUGGGCAGUGCUUUGAAAACACAGGAGAACUCAUUCUUCAGUCAGGAUCCUUUUCCUUCCAGAACUUCAUUGAGAUCUUCACGGAUCAAGAGAUUGGUGAAUUACUGAGCACCACACACCCUGCCAACAAAGCCAGUCUAACUCUUUUCUGCCCUGAGGAAGGAGACUGGAAAAAUUCCAACCUUGACAGACACAACCUUCAAGACUUCAUUAACAUUAAACUCAAUUCAGCUUCCAUACUGCCUGAAAUGGAAGGACUGUCUGAAUUCACAGAGUAUCUGUCAGAAUCAGUAGAAGUGCCAUCACCUUUUGACAUUUUGGAACCUCCAGCUUCAGGAGGCUUCUUGAAACUCUCCAAACCCUGCUGUUACAUUUUCCCAGGGGGAAGAGGGGACUCCGCAUUGUUUGCAGUGAAUGGAUUCAACAUGCUUAUCAACGGAGGAUCUGAAAGAAAAUCUUGCUUUUGGAAACUUAUCCGGCACUUGGACAGGGUAGAUUCCAUUCUGCUCACUCACAUUGGAGAUGACAACCUGCCAGGAAUCAAUAGCAUGCUUCAGCGAAAAAUAGCUGAACUAGAAGAGGAACAGUCCCAAGGGUCUACUACUAACAGUGACUGGAUGAAAAAUCUGAUCUCACCUGAUUUGGGAGUUGUAUUCCUUAAUGUACCCGAGAACCUGAAGAACCUGGAUCCUAGCUUUAGGGUGAAAAGGAGUGUAGAAGAAGCUUGUUUUACUCUCCAGUAUUUAAAUAAACUGUCUAUGAAACCAGAACCUCUUUUCAGAAAUGUGGGAAAUACCAUUGACCCCAUCAUUUUAUUUCAGAAAAUGGGAGUUGGCAAGCUUGAGAUGUAUGUGCUUAAUCCUGUCAAAAAUAGCAAAGAGAUGCAGUAUUUUAUGCAGCAGUGGAGUGGUACUAACAAAGAUAAAGCUGAAUUCCUGCUACCAAAUGGCCAAGAACUAGACAUUCCAUUAUCCUACUUCACCUCUGUCUCAUCCCUGAUUGUGUGGCAUCCAGCUAAUCCUGCAGAAAAAAUAAUCCGAGUUCUGUUUCCUGGAAACAGCACUCAAUACAACAUUCUAGAAGGACUAGAAAAACUCAAGCACUUAGACUUCCUUAAACAACCAGUGGUUACACAAAAAGACCUAACUGGCAAUGUUGCUAGUCCGGCUGUGAAACAAGCAAAGUUGAAACAACGAACAGACAGCAAGGAGAGUCUCAAGCCUGCUGCAAAGACACCACCAAGCAAACCUGUCAGAAAAGAAUCUAAAGAAGAAACACCAGAGCCCACAAAGCCUAGUCCAGCAUUGGAAAAGCCUCAGAAGCUGGAAAGCAAAGAAAAAGUUCCAGUUAAAAAAGAGAAACCAGUAAAAGUAGAGACCAAACCUAUAGUGGCAGAAAAAGACAUAACAAGUAAAGAAGAGCAAAUAGUAAAAUGUGAAACUCCUGAAAAACAAGGUACAGAUACAAAACUAAAGGCAUCAAAGGAGAAGUCAGUGAAAAAGGAAGUCAAAGCAAAACCUGAAGAAAAGAAAGAGGAAAAAGAAAAACCAAAGAAAGAGGUUUCUAAAAAAGAGGAGAAAACACCCAUCAAAAAAGAGGAAAAACCCAAAAAAGAAGAGAUCAAGAAAGAAGUUAAAAAAGAGGUGAAAAAGGAAGAGAAGAAGGAAACAAAGAAGGAAGUGAAGAAAGAAGCUUCACCAAAGGAAGCUAAAAAAGAAGCUAAACAAGAAGAGAAGAAGGAAAUUAAGAAGGAAGAAAAAGAAACCAAAAAGGACAUAAAAAAGGUUCCUAAAGAAACAAAGAAGACAGCUACUCCUUCGUCUGAUGCCAAAAAGCCAGCAGCAAAGCCUAAAUCACAAAAGAAGGAGGAACCUGCUAAAAAAGAAGCAGUACCUGCUGGAAAGCCAAAGGAAAAAGGAAAAAUUAAGACUGUGAAGAAGGAGAUCAAAGUCAGUGAAGCCCAAGCUGCCCUUGCAGCAGUUGGAGUUGCUGCCACAACUGUUGCAGCAGUAGCAGCUGCGGAAAUUACAGCCAGUGGAAAGGAACUUGAAGCGGAGAGAUCCCUUAUGUCUUCACCAGAGGAUUUAACAAAGGAUUUUGAGGAAUUAAAAGCUGAAGAAGUUGAAACAAUAAAAGAAACAAAACCUCAAGUUGCACUUAUAGAAGAUGAACUGAAAUUCACUGGCACAGUACAAAAAGAGGCCUUUGAAGUACAAAAAGAAAAAUUAGAUAAUGAAGGACCUGCCGAGUCCUCUGAUGAAGGUAUAACUACCACAGAGGCUGAGGGUGAGUGUGAACAGACACCUGAAGAAUUGGAACCUGUGGAAAAGCACAGGGUUGAUGACAAUGAAAAGUUUGAAGAUGAGGGAACUGGCUUGGAAGAAUCAUCUGAAGCAGGAGAUUAUGAAGAAAAGGCAGAGACAGAAGAAGCUGAAGAAAGAGGUGAAGAUGAAGAAGCAAAGACACCCCUGGACACCACAAAAACAUAUAUAGAGGAAGGAAGAAAAAUUGAAGAGAGCUCAGAAGAAAUAAUGGCUGAAGCAGAUACUAACAUUAAAGAUGAAAAAUAUAUUGAAAAGGCAGAUUAUGAGGCAUCAGAUGAACGGGCUGAGGAAGACAGGGAAGAAGCAAUAGAAAAGGCAGAAACUGAAGAGACUGAAGAGGAGGAAGACAAAGCAGAGGACAUCAGAGAUGAAGAGGAAACUGAAAAGAUAGAAGCUGAAGAAGAUUAUGUGAUGGCUGUGGUAGACAAAGCUGCAGAAGCUGGUGAAGUUGAAGACAAAUAUGGCCUACUCAUAAUUACACCAACAAAACGCUCAGCACCUCAGUCUCCAGCAGUUGAACCAGCCUCUUCUAUCCAUGAUGAGACAUUACCUGGUGGUUCAGAAAGUGAAGCCACUGUUUCUGAUGAAGAAAACAGAGAAGACCAACCUGAGGAAUUCACUGCUACUUCGGGUUACACACAGUCUACCAUCGAAAUAUCCAGUGAACCAACCCCGAUGGAUGAAAUGUCGACACCUCGGGAUGUCAUGAGUGAUGAAACUAACAACGAGGAAAGUGAGUCACCCUCUCAGGAGUAUGUGAACAUUACCAAGUAUGAGACAUCACCGUACUCUCAAGAGUUUGGCAGACCUAAACUUUCUCCACUUCCAGAUGCUUUUAAUGGAUUAUCUGAAGGAUCCAAAACAGAGGCCACAGAAGGUAAAGACUAUAAUGCCUCAGCUUCCACCAUCUCACCACCUUCUUCAUUAGAGGAAGACAAAUUCUGCAAAUCUGCAUUCCAAGAUGUAUACCGGCAAAAAGAAAGUGAAAUCCAAGGCACCACUAAAUUAGAAAUCAAAGAACCCCAUCAAGAAGAUGUUGGUGGAAAACGUAGCCCAGCCAAGAGUCCAGCUGACAGUUUGUCCCCUCCAUCACCUGUUGCCAAAACACCACUGAGUGAACGUAGUGUGAACUUUUCACUCACUCCCAAUGAGAUCAAGGUCUCAUCUGAGCCUGUCCCCAUUGCUACAUUGCCUGAUGUGCGUCAAGAAGUUGCUGAAGAGCACUGUGCAAGCCCUGAAGAUAAAACGUUAGAAGUAGCAUCUCCCUCACAGUCUGCUGCUGGUAGUGCUGGCCAUACACCUUAUUAUCAGUCUCCCACUGAUGAAAAGUCCAGUCAGCUUCCCUCUGAAACUAGUGAGAAGUCAACAGAAGCUCCUGUUAGCUUUGAAUUCAGUGAAGUCAAAGAUGAAUCUGCAAAACCCAGAAUAAGCCCUAUGGAUGAGCCUGUGCCAGAUUCAGAAUCUCCUAUUGAAAAGGUUCUCUCACCUUUACGGAGUCCACCACUGAUAGGUUCAGAGGCCGCUUAUGAUGCGUUUUUGAGUGCUGAUUUAAAGUCUCCCACCAGAGAUUACAGGAGUCCUCCUGGGGGGAAACCUGAAAAAGAAAAAUCACCUCUUCAGAUGAGCCCAGCUUCUGAAGCUAGCUCUGUGGGCCUUUUCCAAGAAAAACAAGAUGAUAAAAGCAUGGAGUUUAUGGUAAUUAAGGAAGGAUUCAGCCUAGAAAGGAAAAUGGAAGAUACAGAACCCAGCAGCUCCCAGUCUUCACUGAUCUUGGAUGAGAGGAAGUUAGCAAGUGAUCUCUCACCUACUCAAAUAGAUAUCAGUCAAUUUGGUUCUUUAAAAGAAGAUACAAAAAUGUCUAUUUCUGAAGGCACUGUUUCUGACAAGUCUGCAACACCUGUUGAUGAAGUUAUAGCAGAAGACACCUAUUCCCAUAUAGAAGGAGUAGCUUCUGUAUCUACGGCAUCUGUCGCUACUAGUUCAUUUCCAGAACCAACUACUGAUGAUGUAUCUCCUUCUUUGCAUGCUGAGGUUGGAUCUCCUCACUCUACCGAAGUUGAUGAUUCCCUUUCAGUGUCAGUAGUACAAACACCAACAACUUUUCAGGAAACCGAAAUGUCUCCAUCUAAGGAAGAGUGCCCAAGGCCCAUGUCAAUUUCUCCACCAGAUUUCUCACCUAAAACUGCAAAAUCAAGAAUGUUGGUGCAUGAUCAUAGAUCUCCUGAGCAGUCAACUAUGUCAGUAGAAUUUGGUCAAGAGUCCCCUGAGCAGUCUUUAGCAAUGGACUUUAGUAGGCAGUCUCCAGAAUAUCCUACUGUAGGCACUAGUAUACACCAUAUAUCUGAAAAUGGACCAACAGAAGUAGAUUAUAGCCCUUCAGAUAUACAGGAGCCUACUUUUGCACGGAAGAUUUCCCCUGUGGAGCAGUCGUCUUACUCUCAGGAGAAAGAUACUUCAGAAAUUAUUUCAGUUUCUCAAAUUGAAGCAUCAUCAUCAACUUCAUCAGCUCAUACACCUUCCCAGGUAACUUCACCACUGCCAGAGGAAACUUUUUCAGGUGCUGUUCCACCCAGAGAUAUGUCACUACAUUCUUCUUUUACCUCAGAAAAGGUGCAGAGCCUAGGAGAAAAGCUGUCACCGAAGUCUGACCUAUCUCCAUUAACUCCAAGGGAAUCUUCUCCUUUGUACUCUCCUAGUUUUCCAGAUUCACCUUCUGCAAUCACAGAAGCAGUGCCAGCUAGUCACACUCCUUCAUUGUCACUGCAAAUGUCCUCUGUCAAAGCAUUUGGUUACCAGGAACCCCUAACAAAGCACAGUCCAGAACCUUUACUCAGUCCAGAAAAAGAAGAUUCAGAGAAAAGCAGCAGGUCACCAGAAGAACUUAGUUAUUCUUAUGAGGCCACAGAGAAAACAACUAGGUCACCAGAGGAUAUUAGCUACUCCUAUGAGGCAGUUGGAAAAUCUACUAGAUCACCUCAGACUACGGAUUAUUCCUAUGAGACAACUGGGAAAACUACUAGGUCACCUGAGGCCACAGAGUAUUCCUAUGAGAUAAUUGCGAAAAGUAUGAGGUCAUCUGAGGCCACAGAUUAUUCUUAUGAGAUGACAGGCAAAACCACCAGGUCACCAGAGGCCAUGGAUUAUUCCUAUGAGACAACUGGGAAAGCCACCAGGUCCCCUGGGACCACAGAUUAUUCCUAUGAGACAACAGGGAAAACCACCAAAUCACCUGAGGCCACAGAUUAUUCCUAUGAGAUAAUUGGGAAAACCACCAAAUCACCUGAGGCCUCGGAUUAUUCCUAUGACAGAAUUGCGAAAGCUACAAGAUCACCUGAUACUACGGAUUACUCCUAUGAGACAACUGGGAGAACCACCAGGUCACCAGAGGCCAUGGUUUACUCCUGUGAGGCAACUGGGAAAGCUUCCAGUUCACCUGAAGCCACAGACUACUCCUUUGAGACAACUGGGAGAGCCUCCAGAUCACCUGAAGCCACUAGCUAUUCCUAUGAAGCAAGUGCAUAUUUUACUCCAGGGAAAUCGUUAGCAGAAUCCCGUCAAGAUGUUGACUUAUGCCUUGUGUCCUCUUGUGAAUAUAAACAUCCCAAAACUGAACUUUCACCCUCAUUUAUCAACCCAAACCCCCUUGAGUGGUUUGCAAGUGAAGAACAGUCUCAAGAUCAAGAGAAGCUAUUAACUCAAUCUGGGGGAGCCCAGCCACCCUCUGGGGGAAAGCAGCAAGGGCGGCAGUGCGAUGAAACCCCUCCUACGUCCGUAAGCGAGUCUGCCCCAUCUCAGACUGAUUCAGAUGUUCCCCCCGAGACGGAGGAAUGUCCUUCCAUCACUGCAGAUGCUAACAUUGACUCGGAAGAUGAAUCAGAAACCAUUCCGACGGACAAGACAAUUACAUACAAACACAUUGACCCACUGCCUGUCCCACUGCAGGAUCAGAGCCCUUCCCCUAGGCACCCUGAUGUUUCCAUGGUUGAUCCAGAGGCUCUUCCUGUUGAUCAGAAUUUGGGUAAACCUUUGAAGAAAGACCUCAAAGAAAAGACAAAGACAAAAAAGCAGGGUACUAAGACCAAGUCGUCUUCUCCUGUUAAAAAAAGUGAUGGUAAAUCAAAACAAGUGGCUUCACCAAAGCCAGCAACAAAAGAAUCUUUAGACAAAAUUUCCAAAACAGCUUCUCUAAAAAAGAAGGAGUCUGUGGAGAAGUUAAUGAAAAAUAUAUCUUCUCCACAAUCAAAAUCUCGAGUGGAAGAGAAAGAUAAGGACACCAAGAAUGCAGCAAAUACAACAUCCAAGUCAGCAAAGAAUGCAACCACAGGACCUGGGAAUACUAAGGCCGUAAAAGCUACUGCAGUGCCUCCCGGACCUCCGGUGUAUUUGGAUCUGGUGUACAUUCCCAACCACAGCAACAGCAAGAACGUUGAUGUUGAGUUUUUCAAGAGGGUGCGAUCAUCCUACUAUGUCGUGAGCGGGAACGAUUCUGCGGCUGAUGAGCCAAGCAGGGCUGUUCUGGACUCCCUGCUUGAGGGCAAGGCACAGUGGGAGAGUAACAUGCAGGUGACUUUAAUCCCAACUCAUGACUCAGAAGUGAUGAGAGAAUGGUACCAAGAGACCCAUGAGAAACAGCAGGACCUCAACAUCAUGGUUUUGGCAAGCAGCAGCACUGUUGUUAUGCAAGAUGAAUCUUUUCCUGCAUGCAAGAUUGAACUGUAAGAAUGAGACCGUGCACCACAAGAUUAAACUUUGUUUCCAGAAAUUCUUCAGUUCGAAAACACCUUUUCUAAAAAUUCAACCCAUCUAUUUCAACUGCUGAACUACAUACCUGCCAAAUGCUAUACUGUGUCAUGGUGAUGCAAGUCACUAAUAUUUUUCAGUCUUUGCUGAUUGCUAAGGGAAAUAAUAGUAUUCCCAUAGUAGGGUUCAAAUUACUGUGAAAAUACAGAUACAGUUUCAUCUCCACUGAACGUUUGGAAACCAUGUACUAGCAACCCCAACUGACUUCUGCAUUUGCCCUCUAAAGAAACAAAAAGAGAGAGAAAGAGAGAGAGGAGUAGGAGGAGAAAGAAAUAAGUAAUUUGAUCUGCAUUAGUCUCAUGGCAACUGAUGUAUUACUUACUGAAUUCUGCUUAUGCUCUCACUUGAAAAUAAAGCUUUAAAUUUGUAUCAAUCUGAGCCUAUUGCAAGGGGGAUCCUUUUUUUCUUUUACAAAAUUAAGUUGUCUGGAAAAUAAAAAGAAACAGAAUGUGGCUAGGAAGGGAUGUACAACCUAAAUGCUCAUCAGCAGUUUUCCACUUUAAUUUGUACUCUGCAUACUGACAUACCAUAACAAUCAUAGGCCAAAUAUGCACAUAUUCUGCACCCCAUCCAGAAGUCUGAGACCUUUCUUUCAACAUGCAGAAUUGUGGGUCUAAGGCAUGCUCCCAGUGAAAGUCCACUCACUCCAGCCAGAAAUGGCCAGUCGACAUGCUUAAACACCCAUGUCCACUGUCGAUUAACUGAAGCAAAAUACCAAAGCGGUCGGGAGUAUAUACAGUAGACAAUUUGCCUUAGGAAGUGACUUGAAUGUACAAAGAAACUUGAUGCACUUAUUUUUUAAUGUUGAGACAGCAAAUUUAUAAAACAUCUGUGUAGGAUCAUAAUUACACCAGUAAAGAAGUGUGAGCGUGCACGUGUGGUACUAGAAACCUAUCUGACUGGUCAAACGGCUUGGUGCUAUGAAUUAUGUAUGUUAGUUAUGUGAACGCUUCACUGAUGCACCUGGACAGCUCAACAAGACAAGGUGAGCAUUUUUUGGAAAGCUUCUUUUGUACUGUGGAAGCAAGAUUGAAGUGAUGUCCAGUAUCAGAGUUACAAAACUUGGUGAAACAUUCAGAAUGAUGAAAAAGGUUACCUGUGAGCCUGUACAGUAUUCAACCUUCCUUUGUCUUACCUUAUUUUAUUUGUUUAAUUUAAGGGUGAAUAUGGGAACAAAUGUACAGAAACCUUUUUUUUAGUGCUGCGUGAACUUUUAAUAGAUGAACUUUUAACAAACAUUUCCGUUUACAGGAAAAUGCAAAGAAGACUUUUUCUGGUGAAGGCAAUUUUUUUAGUAGUUUUGUAAGAUAGAUGAAUAAUGUUGCUUGAGGUUCUGGUGAGAAUGAAUAUUGAAGUAAAAUUUAUUGAAAAUAAUCAACUGCCAGUACCUUUUGGGGGGUGGGGGAGUGGAAGGGCACCCUGGUGGUAAAAUUAGUCUAUUGAUGAUAAUAGAAAAUGGAAUUUGAAAAGGAGAUUGCGUAAUACUUACAAGGGUGUAACCUACAUUCUCAACCCCCACAAGAUCUUGAAAAAAUAAUAAGCAAUAAGCUAAAAUAAGUCUCCUCUCCUCCCCUCUUCUCCUCCCCUCUCCUCUCAUUUCCUUGUCUUUUACUCUUCCUCUUGCUUCUUCCUUUCCUCUCACUUUUCUUGCCUCUUCUUUUGCUUUUCCUUUCCUUUCCUAAUUCCUUUCCUCCUUCCUCUCCCCCUUCCUUUCCUUUUCUAGACUGCUUGCAGAGGAGCUGCAGCACUGUUCUGUGAUUUAAGACAGUUCGGAUAUUUUAGUCUCAGAAGUUUUACCCAGAUUUAAAAAAAUCUUGUUACAUUGUAGAGGUUUGCAAAUCUGAAUUUAAAGAAGGUGUAAAGGCCUCCAGAAUGGCCUCCAGAAAGGCCUCCAGAUGCUGAUCUGUGUGAUUCACCAUUAUGGCUGGUAUUAAGUUCCACAAUGUAGUGAACUGUGAUCUCAUUUUAUUUUCUUUACUUCAAAAUUUAUUCCAAUUUUACAUUGUUAGGAUAUUUUUCUUUAAUAGGAAUAUGUUUGCACACCUAAUUUUUAUGAGGGUUUUUUUAUACUGCUUUAGGGUCCUUUAAAUGUGGGCCUCCUGAGGCCCAUUUAAUGCUGUGAAUUACUGUUUGACAGUUAUGGGGAUUUCGAUUUAUUUUUAAUGUCUUCUCUUUUUUUUUAGGUAUGUCUAGCAAUGCUGUUUUAUUUAUUGCUAUACCUUUUAAGUCGUUAAGAAUAACUCAGAAUGACUGUGGCUUAAAAGGCAGAUGGAAAUGAAUUGUGAAAACAAGCAUGUUUGCUGGGCUCAUAAUCAUUCACUUAAAAUUGUUUUUGUAAUACAUAGUCUACAAAGUUAUAGGCAAAAUGUUUGGCAGAGUAGUUGUAAUAUUUCUACAAUCCUUUCUGCUUUGUCUACUUUCUUAUAUAGGUCAGGUUUCAAACUUUUUUAUUGGGUGGGAACAGAUUUUCUGAUCUUCUGACAAUAUCUGAAAUGGUUUGUGUCUCUGCUUUGGUAGAAAAUCUGUUUUAAGUACAGCAGUGGUCCUGAGACUAAUCUCACUUAUGCCACUUACUCCUGUGAAUCAGGAGCAAUUUAACUACAUCAGGGAAGUUACAAUCAUUUGGUCCUACUGUAAAUGAAAUUGGAAUCAAGCCUUAAGUCUCCCCAAGCAAGUUUAUGAUGGCUCAAGCACUUGUUUUACUUUUAAAAUAAUAAUAAUUAGACAGUUACAGCUGAUGUUAAAGCAUAUUUGCUUUUUUGCUGCUACAAAAAUACUAAAACCCUGGUCUGGCUAUUCUGAGGCAUUGUAAUGCCCGUUCCACACAUUCCCUUUCAAAUGGCAAUGGCGCCUGGGUGCAACAUGGCGAUGAACUCCUCCAUUAAAUCCUCUUGCUCUUAAUGUCUUUCCUGCCUGUGGAACUAAUCUAACUGUGCUAGUCCUAGUGCUACACAAUUAGUUUAGUGUAACAGUCAUCAAAAUGUACCGUGUACAUUAACGAUGAGUGCUGUUGACCAGCAUAGAUUUCUAGGAGCAUGGUUUGUUAUUGAUUACUCUAAUUAUAAAGAUUCAAUAUCUGAGUGUAAAGGACACUCCAUUUAAGUGAUGGUAUUACCCAUAACAGCAUCCUCAGUCAUGAUCUUUAUGCUAUUACUGUACUACUUCAUAUAAAUCAAUGAAGAACUAACUAUGGGGAUCCCACCUCACUCUUGAACUUGGACAGGGCCUCUCUUGCAUGCCUUUUCCAAAGUCCUGUGGUGGGCCUGACUUCAUUGACCUCUAUUUUCAACCCAUUUUUCACAGAAAUUACUUUUGAUUUUUCUUUUACUUACUUUACAUACUGUGGUGAAUGGAGAUAACUAUGUAUAUGAAUGUGGGGAUUUUUUAAUGUCUAUGAUAGCUUAUGCAUUUUAGGAGAGUUACAGUACUCAUUUACUAAGAUUUAAUCAAUUUGUUAAUUGAAUUUUCAAUCCCUCCCACCACAAGCAAGUUAGCUCCAAAGAGCGCUUACUGUGCAUUUGGGACAUUUCUGUCAUACUCUUCUCUUUGCUCAUAUGUCGCCAGAGGUUCUUCCUCAGUAAUGAUGUUUUGAGAGAAAUAGUAAUUUUUUUGGUCUGGGUUUAGUAGAAAGGGAAAAAUAUAACAUUUACACUUGAAAGAAACUGUAAGCUUUCAUCUUUUCACUUAAUAAUUGAACAAAACACUAAAAGCAACUAGGGGUAAGCAUUUCUUAGAAUGCAAUUAUAUUAUUCACCUGGUUUAAAAAUGUUUGCUAUUUAAAAGAAAUAAAAAGUCUGUUUGUUGUGACUUUACAAAAAAUCUUAAAAAAAAAAUAAGUAACUCAAUAAAACAAUGGCAUAAAAAUAUAGAAAGAAAAAGAAAAAAAAAAAAAGAAUUAAAAAAACAGCUUCUCCGCACUAGACUGGCUGGGAGCUCCAGAUGGCAGGAGCUACCUCUUCAAGACUGGGCUGUAAUCACAAUGGUAAAAGAGGAAAUCUGAAACAUGCUUUCACGCAUUUGCAUGCAGCCAUUAUCUUUCAAAUUAUGGAAAGAAGCAGUCUUGUUGCUGGCUGAGAAGCACCUCACACACCUCCUCUCUCUUGUUUUGAAUGGUGUUUGUGUCAGUCUGCAGCUGUGUAUGGUAUUAUGUCUUAUAAUCCUGCAUCACUUCUAUUCUAUCCAGUCAUAUCUAAUGUAGAAAAUUAGUUUCCAGUGAAAGUAAUAUGUAGUGCUUUUAUGAUAUUUGUGUGCAAUAUCCCCUCUUCCAUUGAGGAUAUUUGAUGUAAAGGAAACAAACUCAGUUCCACAAUAAAAUACAAAAGUGGCAAA